AUGGCACGUUCGCUCGCGAGCAGUGCGCGGCAGUCGCCGUCGGCCGACGCCGCCACCACCACCUCACAGCAGACGUUGUGGGUGGACCGCUUCCGCUUCCGCUGCCGGCCCACGCCCACAUUGCGCCCGCUCUCCAGCGCCUACGUGGCCCUGGCCAAGGUGGUCCUCCGCAGCGGCAGCAAGCGCAAGCGCGCCCAGGUCGCGGCCGCGGCCGACGGCGCCGAUGCCGCCGCAGCGCAGGCCUGGGCCCAGCGCCGGCUCCUUCUACCGUCACUCGCGCCCGGCCGCACCGUCCCUGCAGAUCUGUCGGUCGAGGCGGUGGAGGAGGAGAUUGCGGCGUUCAAGCGCGACACCGGCCUGAACGCGCGAGCCGAGGUGCCGCUCUACUGCGUCACCAUCCGCGAGCUGGGCCGCCGCGGCUGCGGCCACCUCGCCGACGCCAUCGCCCGCCACCACCUUAACAUCGCCACUGCCACCACCACCACCGGCGCCGAGCUGCGGCAGCAGCGCAUCUAUUCGGCGCUGCUCGAGGGCCACUGCCUGCGACGCCGGGCCGACGACGCGGCCGCACUCUACCUGGAGCUGGUCGAGCGCCGCAAUGUGCUGCCCUCGCACCGCGCCCUCCACAUGCUCAUCGAUCUGCUGGCCCGCCGCAGCCGCGCCCACAGCGACGGACCGACGACGCUGGUGAUGACGUCAGCGGCAGCAAGAAUGGUGGUGCUGACGUCAGCAACGCUGGUUAAGGUGGCGGAGCUGUUUGAGGAGAUGAAAGCACGCGGCCACGUGACGACGGCGGCCUACAACGCGCUGCUGCCGGUGGUGGGCCGCAAGGGCGGGCGCCGGCUGCCGAGCCUCAAGAACCUGCUCGACGAGAUGGUCGCCCACGACGUGCCGCGCAACGAGCUCACCUGGAAGGCCCUCCUCGAAUCCGCCAGUGGUCCGGAGGAGUUUGAGCAGAUGAAGAAGUUGAUGGGCACGCACGGCUGGAAGCCCGAGAGCUCGGCCAACACGCUCCUCCGCCUACUCCCCAAAUACGCUUCCACCGCAGAGCUCAUGGUCUUCCUGGCGGCCAACGCGCACCGGGUGCACGCCGGCACCUUCAACUCACUCAUCCGGUCCUACUCGCACGCCGGAAACUUUGAGGGCGCCUUCGCGAUGGCGCUCAAUAUGCGCAAGGCGCACUUCCUGCCCUCGAAAAGGGCCUUCCUGUCCUUCCUCAAGUGCGGCGGCUAUGUGCUCCAGGCGUCGGACAUCGAGCUGAUGUGGAGCGACCUGACGCGCAAGCUGGCCCGGUCGGGCAGGAAGAUCAACCGGGACUACUACCACGCCAAGAUGAUCUCCUACCUCCGACGAAAGGAUCCCGAGGCGGUGAGGAGGACGCUGGAGGAGAUGGAGGACAACGGUCUGACGCCCAACAGCUACACCUACUACCUCCUCAUCCUGGUGGACGACGUCGACGGCUUCUUCUGA